AUGCCUUUUAGGAAAGUGGCAUAUCAGUUCGGUUUCCCUGUUGAUGAAUUUGUAGUUAGUGGAUGUCUCAGUGACUUUGAGCAGUUAAUGGAGGGGGAAGCCUGCGUGGGUCUGAACAAGUUUAGAGUCAAGCCAGCUAAUGCACCAGAGGCCACGAUACAGGUUUAUGCACGUGGCUACAUUAUGAUGUUGUCCACGAUACUUUUCGCAGACAAGUCUCGUACUAGAGUUCAUUCACGGUGGCUUCCCUAUGUUACGGACCUCGACAGACUCGGCAAGUAUAGCUGGGGUUCGGCCAUUUUGUCCUGGUUGUAUAGGUGUCUCUGCAGAGUUUUUAACCAGAAUGUUAAGAACCUAGUUGGGCCACUAACAUUGCUGCAGUCUUGGAUAUUUUUGUGUUUUCCCACAUUCAACCCUAGAGGGUUUGACACCAUUCUUUGGCCGUUUGGAUCGAGGUGGAGUAGGUACCUACCAUCAUCAGAUGAGAAGGGUCCUCGGGUCAUCGAUACUCUACAUAGACUAGACAGGUUGAGUGUAGAUGAUUUUAUUUGGAUGCUGUACAAUGCUUUUGAGGUUAUCCAAGUAGUCCAUCUUGAUAUCCUCAGGCAUGAGCACACUAUUAUGGAAGUCGACUACUGCGUUGAUUUACUUUGCGUCAAUUGA